AUGAAGUUAUCAAAAGUUUCGGUAUGUUUUGUUCUGAAGAUAUUUAUCAUAAUUUCCAUGAAGGUUGAGGAAAGUAUUACUGAUUUAAUAAAUUUAUCUCAAACUGACGAUUGGAAACUUUUAAAUUCACUAGCCUCGGAAGGCCACUCUGCUUCAGGUGUUAUGCAGAAAAAAAUAUUGAAAAAAGCUCUUCCGAUAAUAGCCAAGAAUUAUUUUACAAUGAAAUUAAUUCUAGAAUCUGUUGUAGUAGACAGUGCUGUUAUGGAAUAUUCUAAUGAGCCUGAAAAUAAUUCAUAUUUUUUCGUCAAGGCAGUAAUUGGGGAGACUUAUUGUCCUGAUACCGAAAAUGUGAAUUAUGAUGUUGAUCAUAAUAAUGAGGAAUGUUUCAAGCAAAGUAUGGCGGUACCAUUAAAAUUGUGCACAAUUCAUAUAUUUUAUGAGCCUCUAACCGAAAAGUUUGGAGAUAAUGCCAUAAAAUGUUGGGAAAUGAAAAAUGUUGACGUUAACGAUGAUUUUUUCAACUAUCAAGUUCUAAAAGUUGCUGAAACGGAGAUCAACAAACAAGUUCCACAUUCUGAUGAUACGCUAUUAGUUGUUAUAGAGAGCGAAAGAGCUUCUGACAUUUUCUUAAACAACUCAGAGAUUUGGUACAACAAAAUUUUCUAUCUAAAACUUCAAGUUGAAAGCUGCUUGAAGGUUGAUUAUAAACGUGAUGGAUACUGCUUUUCGCCUGACGAACAAGAUAGAUCGUUGAUCUGUUCUGGUGAAAUAGAUUUUGCUUCGGAAAAAUCGAAUCUCUAUAAGGAUUAUACGUUUAAUUGUGAAUGA